UGUCAAAACAGGACUCUUUGUCAACAUUAGCGCUAAUUUUAAAGUUUUGUUUGUAAUUGCGAUGUUUCCUCCCAGCCGACAGAUGGAAACAGUGAACCCACUUCAGCCCCACUCGAGUUUUGGAGCGACACUCACGCGCACCUCGAAGGCAUGCACAUGCAGCUUUUCUCCUGCAUUACAUUUCAACAACAUUUUUGCUGUGGCCAUUAAGACCCCCGUGACAGCGUCAGGUCGUUCGCGUGAUACUACUGGACCGUGACAGGAAAGCCAAAACAAAACAAACAGAAAUCAUGUCGACAGUCUUCUCUUUCCAGACGCAGCUCGUCUCCAUCAUGGAUGCGUUAUCCAAAACAGCUGUAAUGGAAAUAAGCAAACUGGUCGAAAUCGAGUCAAAGAUGCUCAAGAUCGAGAUAACUCGCGGGCGCAACGAAAUUGCCUCGCUUACAGAGAAACUACAGCUGAUGGAGAAGCUGCUUUAUAUGGCACAGGGGGGCAGGCAGGAUGCGACAGAAGUGAGCUUAGUUGGAAGGGACGGUUUAGAAAACGGAGUACUGGAGACUGAAAGGACAAGACUUGAAAUUAAAAGUGAAAUCCCGUGGGAAAGUUUUUCUUCUGAGACUGGCAGUUUGCAUCAAGGUGAAGAGUAUGCUGCAACAGAACUUCCAAACCAACCCAAAGAGCACCCAGAACUGGUAGUGGUGAAAGAGGAGCCAUGUGAGGUGGACAAUGGAAACACUCAACAAGACAGGACAGCUGAAAACAGAAGAGAAACAGUCACAGACGCCCAGAAGGCUCCAAAUGUGAUGCAGCGUCCCAAACACAUUGCAGACCACCAGCAGCCACUGUUUACUGAUAGCUUUGUGCCUCUAAGCUCCCUGCCAUCUUUCAGUGAAACAGUGAGGAGGGAAACGCACUGGAACCCACAGCUUACACCUGCCGACACAACCCUAGAAGUUGGGAAAAGCUUGGCUCAAAAUAUAACCUCCCAAAGCUUAAGUGUGCUCAGAAAUAUGAAGCUUCAUAACUUGAGGAACUCAACCACUAAGAGGUUUGGCUGCUUGCAGUGUGGCAAGAGCUUCAGAUGCUUUAGUCAGCUUGAAAUACACCAGAGAAGCCAUACUGGGGAGAAGCCGUUCAGAUGCACACUAUGCGGAAAGCGAUACGCACAAAAAGGACACCUGUAUACACAUCAGCGUACGCACACUGGGGAGAAGCCGUAUCGUUGUCCUGUUUGUGGAAAGGGCUUUAUUCAGAAAUGCACACUCGAUAUGCAUCAGCGUACACACACUGGAGAAAAACCCUUUGUUUGUAUCAAAUGUGGCAAAGGCUUUACAAAGAACUGCAAUCUGAAAAAACACCUCGCAGUACACCUUGAUCCUACUUCAAAUGUAUAUGGUAGUGACUCCAGUGCACCAAUGUUUAGUGGGACAUUUGUAAAUGGAACCUCUGAAUCGUUUCAAUAUUUCCAAAUACUGAGCCUCGCUGACGAAAUGAUGUGCGACACCACAAACCGCAGUUUUAGGACGCAGCUGGCCGUUAUUCUGGAUAAGCUAACAAAGGCGGCUCUGGUUGAAAUAGGCAACCUGGCUGAUGAGUGCUCCUCCGUCCUUCACACCGAGAUAUCCUUGCAGAAGACGGAGAACGAGGCGCUGAAGAAGAGGUGCUACUCUUUGGAGGUCCAGCUGAGAGCAGCGAGGGGGGCACAGACGUACCCCGAACACGUCAACAACAGCGUCAGUCGCCGGGAUCGGCACCCUGCAGAACAGCACCAACCUGCUCCAGCCAUUGAUGGAGUUUUUGGGAAGGACUGGUGCAUGGACCUGUGGAGAGAAGAGAAGCUGCCCUCUCAAAGAAGAGAACCAGUGGAGACUGCCGCUACAACCAGCAUGGGAGCUGCGGCAAUCAAUAUGAUGGAAAGAGAACCUGAUCUGAUUUUUGUCAAGGAGGAGAUGUUUGAUGAUUAUCCCAUUGGACAGCAGAGGAGGCUCACAGACAACAGAAAAAUUGUUGGGAUGUUUGAAGAGGACAGCAUGCUUCAAAGAUCUGUUGAUGAUCUCCAACUUCACUCGGGGGAAUUGAACAACUUCUCUAUGACGACUGACAGUGAAAUACAGCAACGCGCACAGCCGACAAUUAUGGACAAAUUAAUAGACGAUGCGGCGAUGGGCGCUCUGAUUAACAACACAAAUCCUCCUUCAGUUGCCACAGAAUACUCAGACUAUACGAACAGUAUUCACAUGAACGCAACCAAAGAACUCAACCUUCAGGAAAAACCGGUGAAGCCAACCAAACAGUUUGAGUGUUUAUUUUGUGGAAAAAUAUUCAACUAUUUAAGCAGCCUGAAAGUCCACAUUAGGCGACACUCGGGCGAGAAGCCCUUCAGCUGCCCAGUGUGCGGAAAGAGGUUUGCACAGAAGACGUACCUGAAACUGCACCAACGUGUGCACUCGGGUGAAAAGCCGUACAGCUGUCCAGACUGUGGAAAAAGUUUUUCUCAGAAAAGCUCUUUGAAUAUACAUAUCCGGACACACACGGGUGUAAAGCCUUAUAGCUGUGUGGAUUGUGGGAAAUGUUAUGCGUACAAGUAUGGUUUAAAUCACCACCAGUGUUUUAAUUUGUCGGUCAAACCAGAAGCUUUUGACAGAAGUGCUCUCAGUAUCACCCACAGUUGCUCAUCAUCUGCCAACAUGUCCAUAUAACCCUCAACGUGGUUUAAAAACAUUAUGAAGAUUUGAAAUACUUGUUCUAUUACAAAACCAACUUUAAUGCCCAUGUGGUUAUCAUUACUGCUCAUUCUUUGGCACGCUUUUAGCUUUGUUACAAAUGCAAAUUCAGCAACAGCCAACAACAGUAUGGAAAAUGUGUCCUUUUUUAAAUGAGCCAUUAGACUGAUGGGAUUCAGUUUGACAGGUUGGAGUCCCCAAGACAUUUCACAUCACGCUUAACAAGGAAAUGAUCAAAAAUGAGAGAGAACUUCUGAUCCAUGAUGAAAAAACAAAAAAAGCUUUGCUGGCUUCUCAUCCAUGCACGUGUAACAUGUUUAAAUACCUCAUGUUUCAGACCACAAAAGGCUUGCCCAAGCUGGUGGCAAAAUAAUUACUUUAGGCAGGUUCUCCAUGAUUUGCACAUGUGUAGCAUAAACCUUCAAACUACCUCUUCACAUCAAAAUAGAAGUAGAUUAAAUCAGUUUGUGUCAUGUUUUAUAUUCCACAUAUGCCUAGACUUAUGUUUAGGCAACAUACAUUGUUUCUUUGAAAAAAAUGUUAUUGAUAUUUAAAAAAAAAAUGCUUGUGUUUGUCAUAUAAUAUUUGAAUGAAUUCCAAAAAGUUUCAAGAUUAAGUAGUGUUACUGUUUGAAAUAAAUAUUUAUAUUGUG